AAUGGAGAUCUGCCCGGAGACGGGUGAUGCCGCCCAGCCCAGGCACUCCCUGCUCCCUUCAUCCUCCUCCCACAGCAGCCAUGGGGAGCGGCCGUGCGGUGGCGGCCGGGGCCGUGCUGGUGGCACUGAUGGCGCUGGGAGCACGGCUGGCCGCUGGCACGCGGCCCUCGGCGUUUUUCCAGUGGAGCGCUACAGUUGAGUGCCGCUUCCUCAAUGGCACCGAGCGGACGAGGUUUCUGGUGAGGCACGUCUACAACCGGCAGCAGUACGUGCACUUCGACAGCGACGUCGGUCUCUUCGUGGCCGACACGGUCCUGGGAGAGCCUUCUGCUCGGCUCUUCAACAGCCAGCCGGACGUGCUGGAGAAGAACAGGGCUGCGGUGGAAAUGCUCUGCAACUACAACCACGAGACAGUGGCCCCUGUGACGCUGCGGAAGAGAGAGCCCAAGGUGAGGAUCUGUGCGCUGCAGUCGGGCUCCCAGCCCCAAAGCGACCGGCUGGCUUGCUACGUGACGGGCUUCUACCCACCCGAGAUCGAAGUGAAGUGCUUCCAGAAUGGGCGGGAGGAGACGGAGCGCGUCGUGUCCACGGACGUGAUCCAGAACGGGGACUGGACCUACCAGGUGCUGGUGCUGCUGGAGACCAGCCCACGGCACGGGGACAGCUACGCGUGCCGGGUGGAGCACACCAGCCUGCGGCAGCCCAUCGGCCAGCCCUGGGAGCCGCUGGUGGAUGUGGGCAGGAGCAAGCUGCUGGUGGGCAUCGGGGGCUUGGUGGUGGGGCUCGUCUACCUGGCGCUGGGGCUCUUCCUCUUCCUGCACACUAAGAAAGUUUCAGGGCACCCCGAUCCAACCACUCCAGGUAAUUUCUCAUUCCCCCAGUGA